CAGAUAUUCAAUUAAGUAAUAAGAUGUUAAGAAAUAUCUAAUAAAGUGUGGUAAUUAAACAAAUAUAAUUUUUUAGUAUAAGAAAGUAAGAGACUAUACUAAUCCUCUUAAUUUACUCAUUCCUUGGUUGAAUGCAAUUUUUAAAAAAAUUAUGGGAAAUUUCUUUAAUGAAGAGAUAAAGAAGGAAUAAUUUACAUCUAUGGGUUUAAAGUAAUUAACAUUAAAAGUGAAUUCUUUAAAUUAAUAAAUGGCUCCCAAUAUACCAUUUGUGUUGGAAUCUGGAUCAAUUUCUCUAUUAAAAUUGGAUCUACACAAACUUACAUGUUUGAUUGAAGAAGUGGAAAUAACAUUAAAUUUCAAGACAAUUGAGUAAUAUGAAUAAUUUAAAAUAACUUAUGACUAAAAAAAGAUCACAGCAGACAAACUCUAGAAAAUUAAAGAUGAGAUUAUUAAAGCUUAUAAAGUAAAAAGUGAGACUUCAAAUAAUGCUAAUUAGAAUGCGUGGAAUAUCAUUAGAUAGUUUUUAUAGAAAAUUACUUUUACUGUCAAUAAAUUGGUUGUUCAUAUAAUUGAGCCAACUCAUAGAGAUAAAUUAUCUUUGGCAAUUAAUUAAAUAAGUAUGAGAGUUAGGAAAUUAUAAGAAGAGAAGGACUAAAUGGUCAGUACUAUGAUAAUAGGUGGAUGUUCAUUGCAUAUUAAUGAAUAAAAUAAAUUGUUUGAUGUAAAUAAUUAUCAAAAGGAAUCAUGUAUAUUUAGCUUAUAAUAAAAAUACACAAAUAAAUAUGAUUAACAUGUAGUUAUUCAUUUAAAAACAGAAUUGAAAGAAAGGUUAAAAUUUAAUAGUACUCUUUGUAUAAGAUUGAUGUAGAUGAACUUUAAUUAUAAAUAAUUAUAGAUAGCUAUAAGAAUAAUUAUGAGUAUUAUGGAUCAUAAUAAACUUAUAUAAUCUUAAGAUAAAAUUAUUAUUGAAUCAAUUAAAUAGUAAGCACAAUAAUAUCAAUUUACAUGGUGUGAGUCAUAAAUUAAUAAAAAUUAUUGUGAUUAAGUUGGAGAAAUCAAAAUAGAUGAUAUGGAGAGUAAAUCCUUGAGUGAUGAAGCUACAGUAGAGUUUAAUGAUGAUUUUGAGUAAGCUUUAGAGAGAAGUUUUGUAAAUGAAGAAGGUGUAGAUGUUUAAUUUGAGGAAUCUCAGAUUGAGGGAUUGAAUUAAUCAGUCCUUAAUUAAUCUAAUUUAGGAGAUUUAAAUUAAAGUACACUUAAAUAAUCUAUUUUUUCAAUGUCUGUAUUUAAAGAAUUGAUCAAUGAUGAAGAUGAUAAAUAGGGCUUAGAAGAAUUAGAUGAUGGACAAUUAAUCUUUAAAAUGAAAAUUUAGAAAGUAAGAGUCAUAUUCUCAAGAGAUACAAUAAUGGAUAAAUGGAGUGUAGAUAAUUUAAAGAAAACAAAUUAUUAUGAAUUAGAAUUAGAUUAAAUUAAUUGGUUGAUGACUAAAGAAAUAGGCCAAUAAUUAAUUACAUCAGUUAAAUAAACUAAAAUUGAAAUUCCAAUUGUUUAACUCUUUCAUUAUGAAUAUUGUAAUUUAUUACCUGAAGAUAAAUUUCAAGAUCAAACUAAUGAUGAUGAAAAUUAAGAAAUAUUUUAAAGUAUUAAUGAAAAUUGUCCUAUCAAUCCUUAAAAUUUAGAAAAUCAAAUGUUUCAUUCUUGCUAUAAUUUAAGUUAAAAUGAUGUUUUAGAAAAGAUUGCUUUAAAAAAGAGUGAGUUUAUCAAAGAAUAAGGGAAUUAUUACUAUAAAAAAAAAUGUUUACUUUAAUUAUAUGAUGGAACAAAAGAAUAAGAGGAUAAAAAUUUAAUAAUAAAAAUAGACAAUCAAUUUAUAUACUCUUAGGAAAAGAUUAAAUCCAUAGAUAAUGGUUUGUAAAUUAAAAUGCAUCAUUUAAAUAAUACUUAAGCAAUAUCAAUUAAGAAGAUUGAUAUUAAUUUAAGUAUAGAUGAAAUACUAGAGUUAAUAGAAAUAUUUAAAAUCGAUCAUUAGAGGAAGUCAAUUAAAAGUAUACCAAAUUUAAAUUUGAUAACAAUCCAUUAACUUUAAUUUAAGAUUUUAAUUCAAGAAACAGAUUAUGUUGAUUUUUAUUAUUUACAAUAGAUCAUUAAAAAUGAUCCUAAUAGUAGUAGUGUUAUUCAUUAAUAAUAGAAAAUAUCUUAUUUUGCAUUUAAUAUUAUCGAUUUCUAAGUAUAAUAAUCAAGUUCUGGUUUAAUAACCUUUGAUUAGAUUGAAUGUUUAAAGAUAGAAUAUGACAGAAUAAAACAAAUAUUUAAUAAUGAGAUAAUUGCUGAAAUAGGAGCAUAGGAAAAUUCUUAAACUUUGACUAGACCCAUAAUAAAACUUAUGGAUACAGAAGAAAUACGGGUGGCAAUUCCUAAAGUUGAGAUUUUCAUCAAUACAUCUUCCAUGGAAUUUGCAAAAACAUUAUUAAUUGUCUUAAAAGAUUUUCAAAAAAGAUCUAAAGAAUUAACCAAAAGUAAUAAGGAAAGUAAAUAAAUCAUUAAAUUGCUUUUUGAUGAAAUAAUUAUUAAAAUCAAUUUGGAAUAAUAAUCUAAUACAAAUUAAACAAGAUUUAUUGUACAUGCAUCAAAAUUAGCAGUAGAAAUGAUUGGAAAAGAUGAAGUUUUGUUAACUUUGUAUAAUUGUUUAGCUGUUGAUUUAAGUUGGAAUUGUAAAAAGCCUAAACAAGAUAUACCAAUUUAUGGUAGUCCAAAUGAAGUCAAAACAAAAGAUUAGCCUAAUUAAAUAAUACAUUUUAGAAAUUAAAAAUAUUAAGCAAAUCAAGUUUUAUUUUAUAAAUAAGAACGUUUUAAUAGAGAAGAAUUUAAGACUCUUUUAUAAAAUGAAAUGAUAAAAUCAGAUCAUAAUAUGGCAUUUUAAUAUACUACUAUCAAAUUAAAGACUAAUAGAUACUUAAAUCCAGAUUGUUUAGAUGUUUUAUAAGGAAGAACGAAUUUGGUUACAUUAAAGAUGAAUAAAAAUAAAAAAAUGGAAAUAAAAUAUUAGCAUGGAAUUAUAUAAAUAGAUGAGUAAUUAAUUGAAACAACAACCACUAUAUUAGACUUAACCUAAAGAUGGGAAUAAAUUUUGAUUCCAAAAUAAAUUAAUUUACAACAAAGUUAAUCUAAAUCUAUUUUUACUUUGACAAUUUAAAACAUAUGGUUGAAUUAUUUACCAACAUAUAGAAAAUCUACUUUGUUAAAAUAAUAUUUAUAGAAAAAAGAGGCAAUUAAAUCAUUAAUUGCUAUAUAACCAGAAUAAUUGUAUUAUUCAUGGAUUAGAGUUUUAAUUAGAAUUAAGAGUGCAACUCUAUCAAGUGAUUUAUAAGCUCAUUUGAGUUCAGCAUAAAUUUAUGUUAAAAGUACAUCCAAAGAUAUAAAACAUGCUAAUUUAAGUUUUUUAAAUCCCAUUUUAUUGGUUCCUCCAAAAAAUGGACUUUUUGAUGAGAAUCGAAAAUUUUCAGAUGGAUUUUAAAUUGAUAAAGAUGAAUAAGGUUUACUAAGAUUACUUUGUUUUUAAAAAUUAUUUAAAAUAAAAGGUGUAACAAUAUCAGGAAAAACAAUUAAUAUUGGUUAAAUAAGUGGGAAUUUAAAGAAAGAUUCAAUUAUCAGUUUAUGGGAUAUUACAUCAAUGACUUUAGAGAAGAUAAGAAAAAUAAUACCUGAAUAGGUGAAUAAAAAUUAAAUUAAUGUUUAACAAGAUGGUCAUCAAUACAAUCCAAGUGAAAAUUUAAAUAUUUUUGAGGAAGAUGAAAUUGAAUUACCAACAAUAGAAAAUAUUCCUAAUGAGAAAUAAUUUGAGAUUAUUCUUAAACAUCUUGAAAUUAAAUUAACAGUUGGUUAACAUUUCCCUCCUGAAGUAUUUAGUGAUACAAAUCCAAUUAAUACAGAAUUUUAAUAACAUAAUUAAGAAUAGUAUUAUCUUGAACAUUCAAAUUAAUUAUAAUUAGAAGAGUUUCCAUAAAUAAAUGAUUCAUAAUGUAGUUCUAUUAUUUUGAGUAUGAAAGAAUUAAAAUUAAUAUGUUGUGGACCAACAUAAAAAAACAUAAAUUAAUUUUAUUUAAAAUUAUUACACCUCGAAAUAGCAGAUAAAAUUUAUAGCUCUAAGUUUUCUAAAAUUGUUGGAAAAGAACCUAGUCAUGAAGAGUCAAAUUUUGCAGAGAUCUUUUAUUAAAUUGAUAAAAUUAAUAACAAAAUUGAUUUGGAAGCAUAUAUUGUUCCUUUAAGAGUGUGUAUAUCUGGAGCAGCUUUAGAAUUUUUAUAGGAUAUAAUAAAUAGUCAUCAAUAAUUAAAUCCAAAGGUUGAUAUGUUAAGUUAAUUGAAUGUAUCAAAUACUAAAGAAUCAAUAAUUGAAUUCUGUGUAUAGGAAGGAUAUUAAGUUACUUUCUAAAGAAUUAGUGAAACAAGUACAUUUAAAUAUUUAUAUAGAAAAAUCGAUAAAAGUAGGUUUUUUAAAUAUUGAGAGAUUAUAUUGUUAUAUAACAUUUGAUGGAAGUGGUGUAAAAAUGGAUGGAAAGUUGAAAGGCUUAGUUAGAUUAGCUUCUUAUGAUAAUCUAUUUAUUUUUUUAAAGAGGGCGUAAAUUCAUAAUUUAGUGUUUGAGAAUGAAACAGACUUCAUUAAAUUUAUGUUUGAGCAAUACUAAUAUCUCAUUAGAAAUGAUUCUUAAUUAAUUUAAAAAUUGAUCACUUCCUUUAAAGCAUUCCAAAAUAUUACAAAUAUUCUAUUAGGGUAUUAAUGAUAUAUAUAUUAAGAAUUCAAACAAUGUUUAUGACAAUAUUUAAAUAAGGAAUAGUAGCAGGAGUAUGUUCAGGAUCAAUACCUUUGGCAAAAGCGUUAGGAGAUGAGAUUGUUUAUUUGGCAAAAAAGCCUAUUGAAGUUUGCAGUACAAUGAGUGAAGGAAUUGGAUUUAAAAUGGCAAAUGUUGUAUUUAGUCCUAUAGAAAGAGUUUUAGACUAAUUUUCAAUAAUGGUAUUUAAGUAUAUAUCAUUAUUAGACUACAAGUGAUAGAAUUCCUAAAGAGUUUCUUAAAAAAAAUAAUGAAGAUUAAACUAAUGCAUGA